ACCAGAAAUUAGACGCAAAAGAACAUUUGAGAGUAAAACGUGAACCAUAGUCAUUGACGGGUUGAGCUUCAUACCCAACUAUAGAACUUCCAAGGUGAAGAGUUGUUUUAGCAGGGAACAUGAUGGCACUCAAUAUGACCACGACAGAAAAUACCACAUUCAUGUACAUUUAUGACAUUGAUUACAAUGACUCCUCUCCUGAAGAUGUCAGUUCUGAUCUGUCCAAUGGGUCUAUGGUCUUACCAGUUAUCCUCUACAUCCUGUUUUUUCUCGGAGUACUAGGAAACGCCACCGUUCUGUGGGUUCUUCUCCGGUUCAUGAAAAUGAAAACGAUGACAGACAUCUGCCUCCUGAAUCUGGCCGUGUCAGAUCUCAUACUGGCUGUUUCUCUACCCCUCUGGGCCCACAAUUCUCAGAACCUUACAUCGUGCAAACUGAAGACAGGAAUCUAUCAGUUGGGGCUCUACAGUGGCACAAUGCUUGUGACCCUAAUGAGUGUGGACCGUUACCUGGCCAUUGUUCACGCUGUGGCAACCAUGCGGACCCGCACACUUUGCUGCGGAGCUGUAGCAAGUCUUAUUAUUUGGAUUGUAUCUGCCAGUCUAACAAUCCCUCUGGUGAUAUUUGUAGCUGUGGAGUUUGACCAAGAUAACUCCAGCUGUCAGCCAGUGUACCCCGCUGAGAGCGAGCAGUCGUGGAAGAAGCUACGGAACUUCAGUGAAAACACAGUGGGCCUAUUCCUGUGCCUUCCCAUUAUGAUUUUCUGCUAUGUGAAAAUCCUCGUCGUACUGCACACAUCCAGGAACUCCAACAAAGACAAAGCCAUGAAGCUGAUAUAUACUAUUGUGUGUGUUUUUGUUGUGUGCUGGGUGCCCUACAACAUCCUGGUUUUCCUUGAGACUCUGCAGCUCUUUGGCAUUCUGAACAGCUUUGAGGCAACAAAAAAGAUCAGCUCUGCCAUGGGUGUAGCUGAGCUCAUUGCACUGUCUCGCUGCUGCAUAAAUCCAGUCAUCUAUGCAUUUGUAGGGGAGAAGUUCAGGAAAUCCCUAUGCAGAAUGCUGUCCAGAUACCCUUGCUUGAAGUACAAGAGCAGCCAGCCUUUCAGCCUAAGGGACACCACAGAAAAAGAGACCUCAAACACACCUGUGAGAUCAGAUUAUUAAAAACUGUGUGGGGGUGGAGGCAUGUUUGGCUGCAACUGUUGGUUUUCCACUGAAAUUCACAGCAGUGUGCAUAUGGUACUUUGACCUAGAAAAUGGUUUUAACAUUUGUAAUUUUUGGGUCCAGAGACCAGCCAGUCACAGGGGACCUUUUGCCGGCUGCAUCCAAAUUGAAAGGGAAGUAGUGCAUGAUCUGUGCAACAGACCCCCACACAUACACAGGUAAAGCCCCUUUCACACUGGGCCAAUGUAGAAUUGUGUAAUGCGACGUACCGACUACACCGAGUGGCAAUACACUGAAGGACGCAAAGGGGUCAGCGGACUUUCGCCCUUGAGUGCUGGAUGCAGUGCCCUACACAAGGAUAUGCAACACUCUGCUACUGUAUGCAAGUCUACGUAACGUUGCGCUACUGUACACCAAGCCUCCGCAAUUGAACGCUACCCUACACCAGUCCGGUGAAAAUCCUUUUAGGUUUUUUUAUCAAUACAUAUCUGCAUUGCUAGAUUUUAUUCAUCCCACUGGACUCUGCUGAACUUUGCUGGCAGUAAAGCUUCAAAACCAUAGAAGCAGGCCAAGCUUCCACCCUGCGUGCAACAUAUGAAGCCAUUCCUGCGUAGUAGAUACACAGCACAAUGCAACUCUACGCAGGCCCAGUAUGAAAGGGGCUUAAGACCGCACAGUUUCAACACCAGUGCACCACCACUGAAUUAUUGAUACAAGGCAGUUUCAUGUUUACACCUUACCUUCUGAAGGUUGCAGUAGAAAUCUAGACUUUUCAGACCAGGCAGCAUAUUUUUAGUGCUUCAUUGUCCAAUUUUGGUGAGCCCAACCCCAUUAUGGCCUCAGGUUCCUGUUUUCUUAGGUGACCGGAGUGCCACCUGGCGUGGCCUUCUGCUGCUGAAGCCCAUCUGCUUCAUAGUUUCACAAAUUGAUUCAGAGAUGCUCUUCUGCACGUCUUGCAUAAUUACCAUGAAGUACAUCCAGACACAAGUGGUUUCCUCCAACUGACGAAUUUAUAAAAAUUCUACACAUGAAAACUAAAUAAAAACAUAUAGAUCAAACAGCCAUUAGCUCUUGAGAAAUCUUGAUAUUAAAUGCUUGUACAUUUAUUGGAAAACAAAAUACAGACAUAAAACAUAAACAUACCUCGUUGGCUAUGUGCUACCAAAAGGAAUUAGGCUUAUUUCUUGUUUUCAGCAUCUUUUAGCUCCUUUCUUUUGCUAAAAGUCUAUGUUUAGUUGGCACUAAUCUUGCAGCAUUGCUUGUAUCUGACUUCUUUGAGCUGCUUUCCACACACUUGAGUACAGCGCCAUCUGAAGGUGACAUAUAAUACUACACAUAAUAAAACAGACAUUCCAAGCCAAAUAAAGACAUAUACAUAAAGCAUAAAAUAAAAUGUGACAGCUACACCUUGGUUGUAAAUACUGGUAUCUGUCAAAUCUGUCAAAUCAGGUUCAAUUGACCUUAUCUAGUGGUAAAUCUUAACUCAUCAUAUAGUGCUAUCCACAAGUAAGUUCCUUUUUUAAGUGAAGAAACCUCAAGCAGAC